AGUAUUCUUAACUGUCGAUGCAAAUAAUUUUUGCUUACAUUGCUUUUUCUUCAUUUUUCUUUUUGUUGUCAUACCGAGUCCGAAUUUAACUUUUGCUUUAAGUAAGUUUGUUACUAACCAAGCGUUUGCUCGUUCUUUCCAAUUGCUAUCUGUUGAUUUAACUCUUUGCCAAGCUUUUUCUAUUAAAACUUUAUCAGCUUGAUGACGAGAAUGAAUAUCUUUAUUUUGUGAGUAUGCAAUAUCGUGUUCUCUACAAGCUGAAUCCAAUAAAUUUAUUCCUUUGUCUCCUUGUGCUAAACGUUGUGCUAACUUAGUUCCUGGUCCACAAAAUUGAUAUCCAGGUAAAUGCACUUCAAACGGAAGAUUAUUAAUUAAGUUGUUUACCAAUCCAAAUCCAGUAACAGACUGUUUACAUUUAUUAUAAAUCUUGUAAUUAAUAACCAUAAUUUUUUUUUGAUUAUGUAGUGAUAGGGUACACGAUUUAAAUGAAAAUAAGAGUUUUUGUAUAUAUAUACUUAAAUUUAUAUUGAAAAAGUUUAGUUAGCAAUAUGCGUUUAAUAGAACAAACUAAACAGAUUGCUGUGAAAAACAUUGAUAAUGUCUGUUCACAGAAAAAAAGGAUUGUACAUAGUACUUUAUUACCAAAUUCUAUACGUGCCCUUAUAGUAGGCCCAUCAAAUUGUGGUAAAACAAAUGUUAUGAUUAGUCUCAUAGAAAGCCCUAAUGGCCUCAAAUUCAGGAAUAUAUAUAUAUAUUCUAAAUCUUUAUAUCAACCAAAAUAUCAAUAUUUAAAAAAAUUGAUUACUCCAAUCAAAGGAAUAAACCUAUUCACAUUCUCUGAAAAUGAAAAAGUUAUAAGUCCAGCCAAAGCAAAUAUGCAUUCUAUAAUGGUAUUUGAUGAUGUAAUUUGCGAUAAACAAAAUACUAUAAGGGAUUAUUUUUGUAUGGGAAGACAUAAACACAUUGAUUGUUUUUAUUUAUGUCAAACAUAUACAAGGAUUCCUAAACACUUAAUACGUGAUAAUGCAAACAUGAUUAUCAUAUUUAAGCAAGAUGAAAUGAAUAUUAAACAUAUAUAUAAUGAUCAUGUCUUGGGUGACAUGACAUUUAAAGAUUUUUUAAAGCUUUGUAGUGAAUGUUGGAAAGAUAAAUAUGGAUUUCUUAUUGUGAGCAAGGAUGAUCCCAUUGAUAAAGAUAUAAUGUAGAUUAUAAACAGAAUAGAGAGCAGAUUGGUGACAGAAAGAAAGCAGAUCGGUAGCAGAUAUAAAGCAGAUCGGUAGCUGAUAUAAAGCAGAUCGGUAGCAGAUGUAAAGCAGAUCGGAAGCAGAUGGAUACAUAACCAAAAAAAAUAAAAAAUAAAUUAUCCAAUCAUGAAGAGACACAAUUUGUUGAAGGAAAUUGUAAAAACACGAGCAGUAUUGAAAGAAAAGUUAAAAAACAUUAAACUUAAUCAAAUAGAUAGGGAUAAUCUAUUAGAAGAUACAUUUCAACCAAUAACCAAACCUUUGAAGGAUAUUAUAGGAAAACUAGAUGAGAACAAAAAAGAAAGUAAUCAGUAUUCUAAUAAAUAUAAUGAUAAAAAUAUUUAUGAUUAUAAUAAACAAUAUGAAGACGAUGGAAAACUUGAUAAAAACAAUAAGGAUGAUGAUGAUGAUGAUGAUAGCUUUAUAUCAGACAUUUAUAAUGAUGAUGAUGACUAUAUGUCUAGCAAUGGACUUCAAAUGAGAGAUAUUACCUCAAGUAAUGAUAAUGAAAGAUAUAAUAAUCAACAUUCAUCAACAAUAUUUCCGAAUAUAGUAAAUUCUACACAUAAAGAAGAUAAUUCAGAAAUAGAACAGAUGGAUAUAGAGAAAUUUUCACAAAAACGAAAAUUUUCAUCAGAUGAAAAUAACACUAAUAAAAGGAUAAGAAAAAAUUAUAAUAUUCCAGUUGAUUUAAAGAGAAAAGAUUAUACACUAGAAAAAUGUGGAGUGAAUCGGAAUGAGCUUAGAGAAAAAUUAAAACGAUCUAAUGAUAACAAUCUCAGUUUAUUUGACGAUAACGAUAAUAAGCGGAUGAAAAAAUCACAUCUAUUUUCAAAACGAAAAUGUGAAUUUCAGUUAAAUACUAAUAAAAAACGUAUAAAAUUAACUAACAACAAAAUCAUAAAUAUAAAUAAACGAAAAAGACCCUCACAAUUAAAUACUGAUAGAAAACGUUUAAAAUUGAUUAAUAACAACCAAUUAAACUUGAAUAAACGGAAAGGUGUUUCACAAUUAAAUCUUGAUAGAAAACGUAUAAAAUUGAAUAAUGAUAUCUCAUCAAAAUUGAAUAAACGAAAAGCUGUUACGCAAUUAAAUAUUGAUAGAAAGCGAAUAAAAUUGAGUAGUGAUAAUCUAUCAGACAUAAAUGUGAAACACCUUUCCGUUUAUUCAAGUUUAAUUGGUUGUUAUUCAUCAAUUUUAAACGUUUUCUAUCAGUAUUUAAUUUGUCCCCAAGCAUAG